CUUGCAACUGUAUGCCUAAGCAGAGUUAGUGAAUUUUCAUUGUUUAAGAAUACCCAAAAUGAUGAAAAAUAAACUUGUUGUUCUAGUAACUUUUGUUCUGAUUUCAAUUAAUGUGCAAUUUGUCAACUGCACAUUAAAAGAUGACAAAAAAAUUGAUAUGCCAAACUUUCAAAACCAAAUUGAAGAAAGCACAAGUAUUUCUAAGAGACAGAAUCGCAAAGCAACAGCUUGUCAAGGACCUCCUGGACUUCCGGGCAGGGAUGGGCGUGAUGGCCGCGAUGCUACAUUACAGGGGUCCGCGCGGUGAUCAGGGAAAACCUGGUCCAGCAGGUCCACCAGGACCUAAAGGUGAUACCACGUCAACCGGUGGGGUGAUUUACACCAGAUGGGGUAGAAAACAUUGUCCCAACACCACAAAAACUGCUGAGAUUUAUUCUGGAGCAAUUGGGGGAUCGUAUUAUUCACACAGUGGGAGUGGAUCAAAUUAUCUCUGUUUACCAUUGAAUCCAAUAUACGAGAAAUACGCUGCUGGUGCUCAGAGUAAUGCAAUUAUUUAUGGUACUGAAUACGAGAUUUCUUCUGCUGAGAAACAUAUAUUUCCAAAUCCAAACUUAAACAACGAAGCUCCGUGUGCUGUAUGUCAUGCUAAGUCACGUGGUAGUCACAUGAUGAUUCCAGCGCGCAAUAUCUGCCCUUCAGGAUGGACUAUGGAAUACAAAGGUUAUUUAAUGGCUGCACAUUAUACUCACAAGCGAUCUGAAUACAUUUGUGUUGAUGGCAAACCAGAGGCAAUGCAUGGAUCUCAUGCAGAUACAAAUGGAGCAUUGCUAUAUUUUGUUGAAGGCCAUUGUGGUCAUGCUUUACCUUGUCCACCAUAUUUCCAUGGAAAAGAACUGACCUGUGUAGUCUGUACUCAGUGACUGAAAAUUGUUUUGGAAACAUGCAAACUUUGCAAAGCUUAAGACGUUUUCAAUAUUUCUUCCAGAAAGGAUAUGUUUUAUAUUUCUAUAAACAUUAGCUACAACCACACCUUUUUAUUAGUUUAUAUUAGAUACGAAAAACUGCAUUGGUUUGAUAUUAACUUCUGUCGUGGAUAAAAUAAACAUGCAAAAACUUA